AAUAGAAGUCGUGAACGGUAUGGCAACACUGUAACGCUCGCUGCUUCCUUCUUUCCUCCAUGCUUGGCUUUCCAGGGGUUGGCUAAGCUUACUCAAGGUGAAGUCAGAUCCACCGGUGGUGAGUGAAACCAACAUCACAUCAUGGUGCAAAGACUGACAUUCCGUCGCAGGUUGUCAUACAACACACCCAGCAACAGACGGAAAAUUGUAAGAACACCAGGUGGGAAAUUGGUGUACUUGUACAAAAAGAAGCCAGGGAGCAGUCCUCGUUGUGGAGACUGCAAGCUGCGGCUGUGCGGCGUGAAGCGUGCGAGGCCCAGGGAACUCUCCCGCAUGCCCAAGAGGCAGAAGAAGGUCUACCGAGCCUAUGGUGGGGUUCUGUGUCAUAAAUGCCUUCGACAGAGGAUAGUACGAGCCUUCCUCAUCGAGGAGCAGAAAUUGGUCGUGAAGGUCCUGAAGGCCCAGAAGGCAACAACAAAGCCUGUCCCCAAGAAGUGA